ACCGUCAUCCGGGGUCCUGGCCCGCUAAGAUGGCGAUGGCUACGGGAGCUGAAGUGGCUGCUGGUGCAGGGCCCGGGACCCUGGGGACGGGGGCCGAGUAGCGCCUUCCCAGGGCCCCGUGAACCGGCCGCGGGUCGCCCUUGGGGGGCAGCGACCACAGGCCCCCACCCGGGCCCUCGGUCCGCCCUCCCGGCGCGUCCAUGAACUCAGUGUCGCCGGCCGCCGCGCAGUACCGGAGCAGCAGCCCGGAGGACGCGCGCCGCCGGCCCGAGGCCCGCAGGCUGAGGGGUCCCCGAGGCCCAGACCCCAACGGCCUGGGGCCCUCCGGAGCCAGCGGCCUCGCUCUUGGCUCUCCCGGGGCUGGCCCGAGUGAGCCGGACGAAGUGGACAAGUUCAAGGCCAAGUUCCUGACAGCCUGGAACAACGUCAAGUACGGUUGGGCGGUUAAAAGCCGGACCAGCUUUAGCAAGAUCUCCAGCAUCCACUUCUGUGGCCGCCGCUACCGUUUCGAGGGCGAGGGUGACAUACAGCGUUUCCAGCGGGACUUUGUGUCCCGCCUGUGGCUCACGUACCGCCGGGACUUCCCACCCCUUCCUGGGGGCUGCCUGACCUCGGACUGUGGCUGGGGGUGCAUGUUACGCAGUGGCCAGAUGAUGCUGGCACAGGGCCUGCUGCUACAUUUCCUGCCCAGAGACUGGACAUGGGCCGAGGGCACGGGCCUGGGCCCCCCUGAGCUGACAGGGUCAGCCUCUCCCAGCCGGUACCAUGGGCCUGCCCGCUGGAUGCCCCCACGCUGGGCCCAGGGUGCCCCUGAGCUGGAGCAGGAACGCCGGCACCGGCAGAUUGUGUCCUGGUUCGCCGACCACCCCCGGGCCCCCUUUGGCCUACACCGGCUGGUGGAGCUUGGGCAGAGCUCAGGCAAGAAGGCAGGUGACUGGUAUGGGCCAUCGCUGGUGGCACACAUCCUCAGGAAAGCCGUGGAGAGCUGCUCCGAGGUCACCCGCCUGGUGGUGUACGUUUCUCAGGACUGCACAGUGUACAAGGCGGAUGUAGCACGCCUGGUGGCCAGGCCAGACCCCACAGCCGAGUGGAAGUCUGUGGUCAUCCUGGUGCCCGUGCGACUGGGUGGUGAGACUCUCAACCCCGUGUAUGUGCCCUGUGUGAAGGAACUUCUGCGUUGCGAGCUGUGCCUGGGCAUCAUGGGUGGGAAACCGCGACACUCACUGUACUUCAUUGGCUACCAAGAUGACUUCCUGCUGUACCUGGACCCUCACUACUGCCAGCCCACUGUGGAUGUCAGUCAGGCCGACUUCCCCUUGGAGUCCUUCCACUGCACCUCGCCCCGCAAGAUGGCCUUCGCCAAGAUGGACCCAAGCUGUACUGUGGGCUUCUAUGCUGGAGACAGGAAGGAGUUUGAGACACUCUGCUCAGAGCUGACCAGGGUCCUCAGCUCCUCCUCAGCCACGGAGCGGUACCCCAUGUUCACCCUGGCCGAGGGCCAUGCUCAGGACCACAGCCUGGACGACCUCUGCUCCCAACUCUCCCAGCCUACACUCCGGCUCCCUCGCACAGGGCGGCUCCUCAGGGCCAAACGCCCCAGCUCUGAGGACUUUGUGUUUUUAUAAAGGGAGGGGAUGAGGGAAAAGAUGCAACACUAUUUAUUUUUUUAUUUAUGUCAUGUCAAGUGUGGGAUCUUGAGCUCUGGCAGUGAGAACUUCCUGUUCUCAGCCCCUCAAGCCCAGCUGCAACCAGUCUGGGGCCAUUCAGCCAGGGACAGAGCCAUGCACCUGUCUCCCACCAGCGGGGCCCUCCUGGCAGGGUAGGGAGGGAGGACCCCGGGCACCCCCCUCAGGGCCUGACUCACGUACUGUAGUUUGCACUGGACGCCCGGGCCCUCCCUGUCCCAAAGCCCCCUUGGGGGAACUGUGGCUGCUGGGGGCCAAUAAAGUUGUGUGACUUGAUUGUG